GGAAGCCAGUGGAGGCACUGGGCAUCAGUCUCCCUCAAGCUGAGCUGCAAGCCGUUGACGGGAGGGAGACAAGUAAGGCCACUGGACGCUGGGACAGACAGUCACACUCACAGACUUGAAGAGCGAAGUCCUGAAGUUCUUUUGCCAUGAAGAGCAUCAAAAUGCAAGCGGUUGGGGCAGUCCUGUUUCUCCUGCUGCAGAUGACGUCAGCUUUCAGCACAGCGGGUCAUGCUGCAUCGCAGCCCGUCACCGCCCGUAGGGAGCGUUCUGAGGGACACACAUGCAGUCCAGAACUUGUGGACAACUUGGCCAAAACUGCAAACGAAACUUGUUCGCAAGUGGAAGCUGUCGACAAUUAUAUCGAGAACAUCCAGUCCAGACAACUAGUGCCAGUUCCAUCUUUCGCUGACCGCCAUGGCUUCAAAGCCAUCCUCGGUCAGUACAAUGGGGACCUCAGUGUAGCUAGAGAACACUGCCUCCCAUGGAGGGAUGGUGACAAUGUUGUCGCUUCUCUGAAGCAAGUGGUCGUGGCUGCACAGGGAUUUGAACCGAAGUUCAGCACAGAGUUCGUUAGGAAUCAAGCCAGGAUUGAGAAAAUUCUAGAAAAUCACGAGGAUAUUGUAGCAAUGGAAGCCACAGUUGCUGUGUUGCAAAAGGAUAUAUCAGAGGCUAAAGAAGUUCUCAAAGCUGCCAAAUUUCAAGAAUUAAUUUCAUAUCUCGAAAAUGUCAUCAGAACCAAAGAAGAAGAAAUCAACACCACGAUGACCGAACACAACUUAGUCCUAGGAAAACUUGAACUGGCUGAACUAGUGGAAUAUCUUGAGUUUGUGAAGGCCGGAGCUAUGGAUAUUGAAAGCAAAGCUAACACUGCAAAUACCAAGAUCACCACCUUUAGAGAAAAUCUCAUUAGAGAUGCCGGUGCCUUCAAGAGACACCGCACAAACGCCCAAGAUGGGAUUGUGAAGUUGCAGGCAAGAGAAACAGAACAACAAUAAUACCAUCACCAGCAACCAACAAAGCAUCAACAACUUGAGAGGAAGCAUCGACCAGGAAAACGCCCAGAUCGCCUCCCUUCAUGCUCAGAUUGCACAGGCGCAGAGAGAGAUCAGGGAAAUUGAAGAGCGCAUCAACAGUCAUAUGAGAAAAGUCAAGAAGAAGAAGAGAUUCGGAAGGUGGUUCCGAGUCGUCCCAGUCGUUGGAUGGACCAUUGGAAACAAGUUCUAUAAGGAUGCCAAGGCAAGAGAAGAACAAAUGGCCAACCAAAAGAGACUUCUUAUUGCUGAGAGCAAUCGUCAGAUCCAGAACCUCCAUGCUCAUAUUGCUUCACGUAACCAGGAAAUUAGUCGCCGUCAGCAGCAGAUCAAAACUCUUGAAGCCAGUAACCGAGAACUCGAACAGGAACUGCAGCACUUCAGUCAGCUCGACGGGAAUCUUCGCAGCCUUGAAGGUGAAGUCAACGCCAUCCUGCCUUACAUCGCAAGUGCUGUCAUUGGAGUCGGGAAGAUGAAGGAAACCUUCGACUCUAUUCAGCAAAACUUAGGAAGUGCCAUUGCGCUAGCCAAGGAAGCCAAGACAGAGGCUGAAAUAAAAAAUGUGCGGUACUUCAUCUACAAUGAAAUCGAUGACAUCAAAUGCAGCUGGGAGAGUGCAAGGAAUAAAAUUGUUUUAGUUGGUAAAUGUAACUGAUAUCUUACAUUUCUGCGAUUUAAGUACUGUACAUACUGUUUCUUACUCUAUUGUUAUAAUGAUAACAGCAUCUGAAUUUAAGUUCUUUGUUGUUUACAUUAAUGCUUGUUUGUGGUAAGUGUGUUAAUAUCAUGAGCUGAUUCGUGUCUUGGUUGUUAUUCAUCAUUAACUACGCCCUUGUUUUAUAAUAUAUAAUAUAAAAUAUUUUUUAACAUUCAUCGAACUGAUUUAAUUUAUUGAAAACUUUAUAUUUGAGACUAUGGAAAAAAUAAAAAUAAUUGUUUUUAGAAAUUAAAUCUAAUUACCCUGAAGCAGUUGUCAAUUUGCACUGUAUGGAAAAAUAUGUAGCAGUAAAUGACAAAAGAACUGAGACUUUCUCAGGCGGGUGAAUUACGAAUGAAAUUAAUCUAUGUAAUAAUUGAGUGGUCGAGUUUCCUUACAACAGUGUUUGAAGUUUAAAAAAUGAAUAAUUUGGUUGGCAGACCUUUGAUGUGCAAAAUUUUGCCAAUUCUCAUAUUAAAAAGAAUAAAAUAUUGAACCCCCUCUAAAA